AUGGCAGACGCUGUCCUAGCAAGCUGCACUGGUGCUUCAAGAUCAACGUGGCAGAGUUCGCCUGCCCGUGACUGCAUAAUCUCGACCCCGAAUGCCCACGUAGUCUUCCGGGGCAUGCUACACGAUGGCAGACGCUGUCCUAGCAAGCUGCACUGGUGCUUCAAGAUCAACGUGGCAGAGUUCGCCUGCCCGUACUGCAUAAUCCGACACCUACGGCGUCGCGCAGUAUCUCCACAGGCGGACGAGGCAACAACGAAGUUUCUCGCGCGUGCGAGAGUCCAAACAGCUGAAGUGAACCAGCAGAGUCGCUGCAAUAAUGCCGCAAACUACGGAGCACACAUUUGCGCUUGUUCUGCGAUAGUGUGCGACAAUACUCAGUCCGAAAAAGAAAGGCGCAUAAGUCAGCGCAUUUGCUACGGGAAUGCAUCAAAGCAUCCAGUCCUGCGACAAAGGGGCGCAUACAAAAGCAAAUUUGCUGCGACAUUGUCUGAAAAACGCCCCAACUGGAGGAGAGAGAUGCAUGCGUCAGCGCGCUUUCUGUGGUGCUGUCUCGACGUGCCCAGUACAUGCCUUCUGCGGCAUCAGCCCCCGUCAAGCGGAAGGAUGCGUCGACACACGGUUGUGUACUUGAUAUGGCGCAUCCGACCGCGCGUUUGA